GUGGCAUUAAACAAACCCAGGGGGUCAUGGCAUUGAAACCCUUUGUGAUAUUUAAUUGUUCAUGGCAAGCUACUACACAGUCAGGAGACACUGAACAUUGAACUAUUUAUAAGAAAAUAAACCAUUGGACAAUGAAUAUUAGUUACCAUGGCAACAUUGACAUGUCUGAUGAUGAUGAAUCAGUGAAAGAUGGAGUGGAUAAUAAUGAUGGUGAAUGCAACUAUGCAACUGAACCUUUCAAACAAGAAUUCAUAAAAUCUUUUGAAACUUGUAGAACCAAAUCAGAUACAGGAUUCGACGAGAGAACAAUGGAAAAGUAUGACAUUGAGAACCCCCUUGUACAGAGAGUUUACCCCCCAUAUAGGACUGACCACAAUGAAUCUCCAAGUGAAGAAAAAUCAACAAUUGCUAAUAAGUCAUUUCAGUGUAAUUACUGUACAAAAUGUUUUACACAGAAGUUUUUGCUGGUGAAUCAUGAGAGGAUCCAUACUGGCGACACCACUUUUAAAUGUGCCACAUGUGAAAAAUGCUUCACUAAGAAAGGCAAUUUGAAAAGUCACCAAAGAAUCCAUACUGGAGAAACUCCUUUCCAGUGUUUGUUCUGCAGAAAGUGCUUUGCAAGGAAAGACCUUCUGAAAUAUCAUGAAUUAACACACACUGGGGAUACACCUUUUAGGUGUAAAAUUUGUGACAAAAGUUUUACAAGAAAAGAAAGUAUGAAAACACAUGAAAAGAUUCAUACAGAUGAAAAGAAAUUUAAAUGUGAACGUUGCAAAAAAUGUUUUACGACUGAGAGCUAUUUGAAGGUCCAUGAGAAACAUACACAUCUAAGAAUCUUACGUUUGGAAUGUAAAUACUGUGAUAAGACUUAUACUAAGAAACACAGUUUAAUUGAACAUGAGAGAAUCCAUACUGGAAACAGACCCUUUGAAUGUGAUUUUUGCCAUAAAUGUUUCACAUCUAAAAGUACCUUAAAGCAGCACAAAUUGCUCCAUACUGGAAAACCCCAUCAAUGCCAACACUGUGAAAGAUCAUACACCAAACAAAGUGCAUUAAAAAUACAUGAAAAAAGAAGACAUACAGAGAAAUGUGAAUAUUGUGACAAACGCCGGGCUGAUCAACAUAUAAAAGCUUUAUGUGGAAUAAUUUCCUCCGAAGAUAAUUGUUUUCUGUGUUCACACUGUGGGAAAUGUUUUUACGAGGAGAAACCUUUCGAAUGUGCACAUUGUGAAAAGACAUUUACUCGGAAAGACAAUUUGAAAAAUCAUACAAAAAUACAUACUGAAAUUGACACUUUUAAAUGUGAAUUCUGCGGAAAGUGCUUCACAAGGAAAGAUAGUUUUAAAUCCCAUGAAAAGAUUCACACUGGUGAUGAUACAUUUAAAUGUAAAAUAUGCAGCAAAUGUUUUACCAGGCGGGAUAAUCUCAGAAAACAUGAACGGAUCCACACUGGAGAAAGUCCAUUUUCAUGUACAAUUUGUGACAAAUCUUUUACGAGAAAAGAUACCUUAGACAAACAUGCAAGAAAUCACACAGGGGACAGAUCAUCUUUCAAGCAUGAAAAAGAUUCGAAGAUUCAUAAGCAGCAUAAGACUUACAAAUGUAAAAUCUGUGGUAAAACAUUUCAGAGAAAAAAGAAUCUAAAAUAUCAUGUUAAAUUCCAUGCUGAGGAAAACAUGAAAUGUGAAAAAUGUGAUAGGAUUUUUAUGAGUAAAGAGAUGUUCCAGCAACACUUGGCCAUGCAUGAGAGAGGAGAUGCACUUAGACCAGAAGCAUUAAUUGAUAAAGAUGAUGUCCCAAGUGAAGAAAAUCAUAAUGGAAGACCUGAAGAGAAAUUAGACACAUGUUAAACCUGGGUGUCAUUUCAAGAAAAUUCGUAAAGCUAAGGAUUCCUAAAAUUUAUCGUUCUCAUGGUCAGAUGGUUGGAAUUAAAUAUUUUUAACUUUACAAAGUUUCUAUUCAUGACCCCCCCCCCUUUGCCAAUGAAUCUUUGUUUGAUGAUAUGGACUGAUGAACAUGUUUUUAUAAUAGCUGCAUACCCUUAUAAAAAUUCAACCUUGAAAUUCAAUAAUGGUAUCAUUGGAAAGGAGCAGGGAAAGUAUCGCAACAGACUUUUGAUAAUUUUGACAGUUGAUAAUUUUUUUGUGAGUAGUUUCUGGCUGUAAAAAGUAAAUGCUUGGGAAAGGCGAAUCUAUAAUCUUCAAGAAAAGUUCAAAGAAUAGUUUCCAGAUCAAUUGGAUUAUCUUAUAAUCCAUG